CUCUUCAGUCUCGUCUCACACAGUUCCUUUCUAUCUUCAGUUCGAACUCUCUUGUUGUUGAAUCCUCAACGUCCCUUCGCCUCCCAUCAAAAUUUCAUCUGAAAGACUCUGGUUCAUGUGGAAGUUUCUCUUUUAAAAUUCCUCAAAUGUUCCCAAUUCACUGUUUCUAGGGUUUAUGAACUAUCCAACCUCUUAAAUCGGCUCCACCGAAAAUGACGAGCCACGGCGGCGUCGAGAGGAUUCAUAGGGUACAGCCGGAGAGAGAUUUGGUGGCGAAUUGGGAAGUUGAUUUGUCGGAGAAGCUAGAGGAGUACCUCCUCAAAAUCUGCUCCGGUGAAAUCACCGGAACUGAAGAAGAUUCGCCUGUCAAUUUCGCGGAAGCUGCUUUGCUGCUUCAGGGCUCGGUUCAGGUGUACAGCAAGAAAGUGGAGUACUUGUACAACUUGGUCUUACGUACUUUGGAGUUUCUAUCCAACCAUAGAGAGCAAGAAGAGUCCAAAGGUACACCACACGAGGCUGAGGCAAGCUCCUCUCGUCAGGCUGAUGAAGAAGAAAAUGAUCUCUUCUGGAAUGUGGAUGACAUCCCAGUUGACGCAAAGAAUAGCUUGGACAACUCAGUUGGUGGAGAUUCAUAUCCGAGUAAGUUUGUCAAGCCUCCAGCAAAUCUAGUUGUUCUUGAAGGUGACUGCUUGGAUACUAGUGGCGACGGAGGAGAAUUGGAAUCCUAUCUGUUAGCAACUACACAUCUCUACCGAGACUUUAUUCUAUUAGACCCAUGUGAUGCUGUAGCGGUAAAUGAAUUUUUAGGUGGUAGCUAUGCCAAUGCCAGUAAAGGAAAGACCAGUUCUCACAGAGGCAGCUCAGGUCGUAAAAGUUUUCACUCACCACUAGGACGUUCUGGAGGAAGUGCCCGUAGAUCAUCUUUGGGAAAGAGUCAGAGCACCAAAGGUCCUGAUGCUCAGAACUGUGACCAAGGCUCUCAUCCACUUCCUCCUGUCUUUGGAGAUGAUGAUCAUGGUUUUGACAUGGAUAAUGAUGACCAUGGAGGAAAUAUGGAUUUGUGUGAUACAGAUGCUGAUGAUGAAGAUGAUCCGUGGAAGCCGUUGAAUCCUUAUGAACAAGGGAAGUUGAAAGUGAAGCCUUUCAAAAAAGUGAAAAGUUUGAGAAAGUUUGGAGGGAGCCUUACCAAGGACUAUGUCACUUCCAUGUUUCCUCUUGCUAAACCCAACGGUCCCAUCAGUACAGAGCUCACCGGAGUUUGGGAGAAGCGCCGUCCUGCUAGUAAAGAUCACAGACAACCACAAGACAUUCCCUCUUACGAGAAGCUUCGAGCAUUGCUAGUUAAUGGAGGAAACCUACCUACUGAUGCUAACGGCAAUCACAAGGAUAACCAUGAUGAAGCUAAUGAUGGCGACUUCCAUGAUUAUGGUGAUGAUCAUGAACCUGCCUUCAUGGAUGAAGAUGGUCCAGUUAUGAAUGAUGAUGGUGGAGCUGCAGAUUUCCCCAAUUACGAUGGAUUUGGAAACGAAGAGGACUCACAUUGUCAAGAAAGCUUGGAAGAUCUUUGCCGCUCACACCUGGAUGCUCUUCUUGCAAACAUAGCUAAAACUGAGAGGCAAACAGAUCUAGCUGCUCGGGUUUCAUCAUGGAAACAGAAAAUCGAACAAAAUCUAGAAGAACAAGAGCUACACCCUCCUUUUGACAUUCGAGAAUACGGUGAAAGGAUUCUCAAUAAGCUGACUGUUGAAGAGAGUGGACACGUCGAGGCCUUUACUGAUCUAAUGAAAGACCAAGAAAAGCACGAUGUAGCUCGUGCUUUCUCUGCGCUUCUCCAGUUAGUGAACAAUGGAGAGGUUGAUCUCGAGAAACCUGGCAACUCCGUAGGGGAGCCAGUGUGUUACACAGCGGAUAAUCCUUUCAGCGUUCGGUUGCUUACCAGAAAGACUGAGAAAAGAGGAAUGGAUUUACCACGGAAACGAGCUAAGUCCCCAAUAGCCAAAGAGAAAACUCACGAGUCACCACCACCGAAGAAGGCAAACACAACGUCUUCUGUGUCAAGCCAGAGGAGGAAAGUUCCGUUGAAGAUCAACAGUGUGGGGGCAAGAUGCGCACCGAAGGGAAAGAAGAGGGGAAAAGGUCGAUCUGAUGAGGUGAUAGUAGUAGGCGAGGGAAGUGAAGUUUCUUCAGUUAAAAGCACUGUGGGAAACUAAGAAAGGCUAGUGAUAGUGAGUGAACAGAUUAGAAUGUAGUUAGGUGUGUGGGAUUUCUAUCAGACAGUUACGAAACUCUUGUAACUCUGUUAUGUAAUUUGUGAUGAAGUAGUAGUAGCAGCGUAUGUUGUAAUAACAAUGAAAUUCCACUUUUGAAUUACUUUUUAAGGAA